CGGGGGCGCGGCGCAGCAGACGGCGCGCAGGCCCGGCGGCGGCGCGCGGAAGGGCGUUUGAACGGUGGCGGGUACCGGAGCCCCCUCGGUGCUGCGCCGCUAAUGGAGCCCGUCCUGAAAGGUAUUUCCGCAUUUGUAGAAGUUUGGUCAUCUAACAGAACAGAAAAUUACUCGAAAACCUUUGAACAGCAACUUCUUGAUAUGGGAGCAAAAGUUUCAAAAACUUUGAACAAGCAUGUGACCCACGUAGUCUUCAAAGAUGGACGUUUGUCUACAUGGAGAAAAGCACAGAAGAUGGAUGUAAAAAUAGUUUCUGUACUCUGGGUGGAGAAGUGUCGAGAAACUGGAGUACAUGCUGAUGAAUCCUUAUUUCCUGCAGUAGACACUAAUGAAGGAUUACCGCUACUAAUCAAAAAACACAAAUGUAUGCAGCCAAAAGACUUUGUUGAAAAAAAUCCAGAAAAUGAUAGAAGGCUGCAGAGAAGACUGGAUGAGAUGGCUAAAGAAUUAGCUGUACAAAAGACAGCAAUUAGUGCUGAAACUGAUGUACCAGUUUUACUAUUUGAAGACAAUGGUUCACUUAUAUACAGCCCUGUUAAUAAGGUAAAAGAUCGAUGCAGUGCAAGGGAAAGAAGAAUAAAGGAGAUGAAGGAAAAAAGAGUAACUCUUUCUCCUACUGCUUCACAAAUGUCUCAAAUACCUCCAAGUAGUUCACCAGGAGACUGCCCGCUGUCUACUCGUGUCUUAACUAAUUCAGAAGAUGCAUUGUUACCAGGAGAACAAAUGGAAGACUGCUUGAACUCAAGUUAUGAUUAUAUUUGGGGAACUGAUAAAUUGAAGAGACAGAAAACAGAGGCAAUAAAACAUGCCUGUGAUACUUGGACCGGUAUUCAUUUAUCCAUGAGUGCGUCGGUGAAUUCUCCCUCAUAUAGCUAUGAGCAGAAGAGCUUAACACCAAAACAAGAUAGCAGAAGAAGCUUAAAGAAACCGAUUUUGCAGCAUAAUUUGAAUAAUAAAUUGUCUUUAGAAAAGAAAGAUCUAAAAAAGUUUCCAAAGAAAAAUCAGAAGGAUGAAAAUAGCAUGACUACUUCAGUUACAAGAGAAAGGUCCCUUCUCCACAUCAAGGGCUUGGGUGAUAUUACUCCUUCCAAAAAAAUAGUCAAGUUAAAUACUGUUCCUGCUUUGAUUGGCAGUCUCUCUAAUUCACCUAUGAACAGUGAAGACUUAAAUUCAUGUUCAUUGGAUAGAAGCUUCCCUGUUGACAGAAACAAUUGUAUUCCUGAAGACAAGAAGAGGAAGAAAGUACAAAUGCUAUCUAGUUUGAAACUGGCUACCUCAGAACUGAGUUCAUCAGAGUCUAAAGAGUUCUUGCAGGCAGUAACUACAUACAGCAAGUCUUUCUGCACUGAAGAGGCAUCUUAUGAAGACUUCUUUUCAUCCUCUGAUUUGAAUGAAGAUGAGGUACAGGUACAAGUACCAAAUGAAUCACAGAAUCCUCCUGAAGCCUGUUGCAAAGAUUCUUUUACAAGCAUGGACUCACUUAAUGUGAGUUUCUCUAAGCCACAUACUACUUCCAAGAAAAGUAGGAAAAGGUCUAUUCCAGCAAAUGGUGUUUCAGUAAAGAAAAACUUCAAACCAGCUGAACAUCCUGGAAGUGUGCCAUUAAAUUAUGUGUCAGAUGGCAAAAAAGCUGACACUGCAGAAGUUCUAGAUUCUGAUGAUGUGACUAGGCUGCCUCAGCAGGCUCAUGAAAAAUCCUACAGAACUGAUGUGAAUUACUGUACUCACACUACUGGUGAUGAAAAUGAAGUUUCAGAGUGUCAUGUUACUGAUGGCUCUUGCAAAGUUUUUAAUGAACAAAAGAAAAAGCACGAUGGGGGGUUAAGAAAAACUAGAAGACUCCAAAAGCCAACAAGGACACUAGUUAUGACGAGUAUGUCUUCUGAGAAGCAAAAUACAGUAAUUCAGGUGGUGAAUAAACUUGGAGACUUUUUGUUCUCAGAUGAUGUAUGUGAAACAACAAGUCAUGUAGUUACAGGGAGUCCUCGUCGUACCUUGAAUGUUAUGCUGGGAAUUGCUCGUGGGUGUUGGAUUGUUUCUUAUGAAUGGGUCCUGUGGUCUUUGGAAUUGGGCCAUUGGAUCUCAGAGGAACCAUAUGAGCUUUCAUCCAUCUUCCCUGCAGCUCCUAUCUGCAGACUUCAGCAUCACCUAUCAACAGGAAAAUACCAGCAGAGUCUCUUUUCAAACCAGCCUGUCAUGUUUGUAUCUCCUACCAGUCAGCCACCCUGCAAAAAGCUAAUUGAACUUAUACAGCUGUCAGGAGGGAAAACAUGUAAAGCCUUACGUCAGGCAAAAAUCUGUAUAGGAAAAAAACCAGGAAAGAAGUACCAGGAAAUAAAAUGUUUAUCAGAAAAAUGGGUAUUAGAUUCAAUCACUCAGCAUAGAAUAUGUCCCAUGGAAAACUACAUUUUUCAGCUGUGAGCUAACUCAAGAGCUUCCAUAUGGUUCUAAGGAAACAAGCCCACUUUGCAUUCAACAAAAAAAUAAGCUGUGAAUAACAUUUCUAAGAAAAUACAAGUUACAUAUUUUUAAAUACAAGGAAAUGUUUUCUACAUUUUUAUGACUUGUGUAAGUGUUCAUCUU